UUCUCCUCCUCUAUCAAUUCCUACAUCCAGAUUCAUAUAUCAGUGCAUCCACUCAUCCGCCUAUGCCAACAUGGGAACCAACCCUAAACAUCCCCCCGAAAUAACCGGAGGCUGUCUCUGCGGCGCAAUCCGCUAUACCGUACAUUUUCCUAGGGGUUCCACCUGGCCACCAAUGUCCGCCUCCUGCCAAUGCACAAGCUGCCGGAAAUGGUCAUCUAGCCUGUUCCCUCAAGCGUUAGCAUUACCGUCGGAACAUGUCACUCCCGACCUCUCGACUUUCAAAACGUAUAAGGAAUACCGCUCCUCGGAGAGAUUCCUGAGGGGAUUCUGCUCUGAGUGUGGGAGUUCGCUCUUUGUCAGGAGUACGGAGCACUCGCGGGAACUUCACGUCUCCUUGGGCACGAUUGAUGAGGAAUGGCUGGUUGGUGAGCAAAUCGAGGGAUCCGGAAAGGAGACCGAGCAUGGGGUCACUUAUGAGCGGAUUGGGGGAGUUGGAAAAGUAUUGGGGACGCCUAACUGUGUGCAACUUUAUUAUGAAAGGGCUAUACCAGGGGUGACGGAUAUGCUAGCUGGAGGGGAGAAAUACCUUACGGAUUGGUCGGGGGGGAAGGGCUUUGCUUGAAAUCUUUGUUAUUCAUAAAGGCGCUAAGCUAGACAGGGCUAUGAAGUCCGUUUUCUAGGUAUAUGUGCAUGGGAUCCUC